GGUGAUAAGGACCAUUGUUAUGUAAUAGAGUCUUCUGUUGGCAUUGGAAGUAAACUUACUUGGUCAAAAUGUGCGACACAGACAUUUUGUCGGACAUCAAAGAUGUGAGAGCAAGACUAGAGUUGGCAAAACUAGAUAUCAGGGACUUAAAGCAACCCACCCAGGUCCUUACUUUCGAUGAAGACGCAAACGACCAGGAUGUGACGUUGCUUGAACUUGAUAAAAGUGUUUUGCAAGUAAUACAAAAUGGUGGCAGUUUAGUGAUUCGGGGUAAUGAGGACGAUACAGCAGUUUUAUGCACCGAUGACUCGACGUUUAGUUUGAAGCGAGCCGUCACAUCUAACUCGCUUAUCCUCGUCCCGGAUUGCACGACGAACAAAGAUGAUUUACACGACACCAUAGAUGAUGAGAUCUCAUUGUUGUAUAGAAGUGCAGUUGGUUGGAAAUCCGAUUAUUUAGAAAUGCAAAGAAUUCACCCCCAGACCUCACGUUUGUUGUCGCUGUUGCAACAAAGUUAUUACAAGGGACCUCAGUUUGAGGAAGAACAAGCAGGAAAGUGUUUCACAUUAUCUGAAUUAAUGAAUGAAAUCCAAGCAAGUGAAGUUGAAGUUAUGACUUUUCUUUGUAAAAUCAACUCAUGUUGUAUUGAAGGUAAAUGGAGGUUAUUGGACUUUGGUUACAUAGUUGAAUGCAUGGGUGAAUUACUUCAACUCAUUGAAUGCGAAUCUUGGAGCUGUGGUCGCGUACCAUUUGUUGAAGCUGUGGAAAAGAUCAACGAUUCUGGCGAACUUGUACCAUCGUUCAUAUUAAAGCAUUUACUUGGAUCUUAUGGUUUCCAAGUUGAUUCAGAUGAAGAUGUGGUUUGUUAUCAACUAGAUGAGACAAAGAUUUGUCGAUUUUUUGCUGAGAUGUUGUUACGCGAUGUCAGCAAGUUUAAUUUGAAAGAAUUUCUUGAGGUUUGGAAGUCCAGUGUUCCUAGUGGUAUGGUGGCUGAUGAGAAGUAUUUAUUGGGUUUAGCUUUGAUAGACAAGACUUCUAACCCACACACAGUAAAGCUGUUUAAGGUUGACCAACUGCCCAUUGAUAUGCAACAAAGAUUCAACUCACUGUUCACUGUUAAAGAGAAAUGGACUUAUGAGCAAAUAGAGCCUUACAUUGAGGAUAUCUGUGUCAAGGGUCAAACAGUGUCCGCCAUGUUGACAAAACAUGCUCGCUCCUCUACUAUGGAUGGGGUGAAAUACUUCAGCACGCGGAAACCUAUCACCACAACAUGAGAAGUCUUGUAUAUGAGCGGUAUAAUGGUUGGCAUGGCUGCAAUUGAGUGAAGAGGGAAAAUCAGCUUAAAGGGGCAUGCGGAAAAAGGAUUGUAGUUUAUAGAGCAAUGGCUUCAGGAAUGUAUGUGCCUCUUCGGCUUGGAAAAGUUGUUGUACUUUUGUUUGAUGGUUAUUUAGAUGCAUUGUAAAACAUGUCCUUUAAUUAUGUUGAGCUUUUUUGCAUUUCGAAUGCAGAACAGUUUGGUGUAAUCUUUUUUCUUCUAUUUAAAGGAAAUAAAAUCUCUCUUUAUUUACAUAUGUGCUAACACACCAAAUUGCAUUGCUGAGUUAAUUGUACUACAUUUGUGUUAAACUAAAUGUAAAUUGUAUUACAACA